CCCCGGCGGGGCCGAGAGCAGGGUUUCCUGAGGCGCCCCCGCGCGUGGCCCCGCCGCGCCCCGCGCCCCGCAGCCCCUCGCCGGCGCCCGGGUCGGGCCGGGCAGUCGCGUUCCCGCCGCGUCCCGCGCCCGGUCCCUAUGGAGGCGCCGCUCGCCGGCGAGGCCGCCGACCAUGCCUAGGAGGGCCGGGAGCGGGCAGCUGCCGCUACCCCGGGGCUGGGAGGAGGCCAGGGACUACGACGGCAAGGUCUUCUACAUCGACCACAACACCCGGAGGACCAGCUGGAUCGACCCCCGGGACAGGCUAACGAAGCCCUUGUCGUUCGCUGACUGUGUUGGUGAUGAGCUGCCGUGGGGAUGGGAAGCCGGGUUUGACCCUCAGAUUGGUGUCUACUACAUCGAUCACAUAAACAAAACCACACAGAUUGAAGAUCCAAGGAAACAAUGGAGGGGGGAACAGGAGAAGAUGCUCAAGGACUAUCUGUCCGUGGCUCAGGACGCCCUAAGGACGCAGAAGGAACUGUACCACGUGAAGGAGCAAAGACUGGCCCUGGCCCUGGAUGAGUACGUCCGGUUAAACGACGCCUACAAGGAAAAGUCGGGCUCUCGCACCAGCUUAUUCUCAGGAUCUUCAUCCAGUACUAAGUAUGACCCCGAUAUCUUAAAAGCUGAGAUCUCCACUACGCGAUUAAGGGUUAAAAAGCUGAAGCGAGAACUGUCACAGAUGAAGCAAGAAUUGCUCUAUAAAGAACAAGGCUUUGCAACCUUGAAACAAAUUGAUAAAAAAAUGUCCGGAGGCCAGAGUGGCUAUGAACUUAGUGAAGCCAAAGCCAUCCUAACGGAACUGAAGUCUAUCAGAAAGGCUAUCAGCUCAGGAGAAAAAGAAAAGCAAGAUCUGAUGCAGAGUCUUGCUAAGCUGCAGGAGCGGUUUCACUUGGACCAGAGCAUUGGCAGAUCUGAGCCAGACUUGAGAUCCAGUCCUGUGAACUCGCAUUUAUCUCUCUCCAGACAGACCCUGGAUGCCGGGUCACAAACAAGCAUUUCCGGGGAUAUCGGAGUGAGAAGUAGAUCAAAUUUGGCUGAAAAAGUCAGGCUGAGCCUCCAGUAUGAAGAAGCCAAAAGAAGUGUGGCCAACUUGCAAAUCGAACUGUCGAAGCUGGACAGUGAGGCCUGGCCUGGGGCACUGGACGCUGAGAAGGAGAAGCUGAUGCUGAUUAACGAGAAAGAAGAACUCCUGAAAGAGCUUCAGUUCGUCACCCCAGAGAAGCGCACCCCGGACGAGCUGGAGAGCCUGGGCGCCGAGAGGCAGCGGCUGGAGGAGGAGCUGCUGUCGGUCCGGGGGGCGCCCAGCCGAGCUCUGGCCGAGAGAUUGAAAUUGGAAGAGCGAAGGAAAGAGCUGCUACAGAAACUUGAAGAAACUACUAAAUUAACUACAUAUUUGCAUUCACAACUUAAAAACCUCUCCGCCAGCACCCUGUCCAUGUCGUCCGGGAGCAGCCUGGGCUCCCUGGCCUCCAGCCGGGGGUCUCUGAACACGUCCAGCAGAGGGUCCCUCAACUCCCUCAGUUCCAGCGAGCUCUACUACUCCAGUCAGGGCGACCAGCUGGACCCGGAUUAUCAGUAUAAACUGGACUUCCUCCUGCAGGAGAAAGGUGGCUACAUUCCUUCCGGACCCAUCACCACCAUCCACGAACACGAAGUGGCCAAGUCCCCCAGCCAGCCUGGCCAGAGCGGUCCCUGUGGGGCAGCGGCCGCAGCCCCGGGCCAUGCUCCCGCCCUGACCGAGGCCCCCAAGUCCGUGACGUCCCUGUCCUCCCGGUCCUCCCUUUCCUCCCUGUCCCCGCCUGGCUCUCCCUUGGUCUUAGAAGGCACGUUCCCCCUGUCUCCCCACGACGUCCCUCUCCAUCAGUUCUCUGCUGACUUUGAGGACUGUGAAUUGAGCAGCCACUUUGCAGACGUCGGCCUCGGAGAAGAUCAGCUGUUGCUGGACUCUGACCCGGGAGGAGCGCCCCCGUCUCUCUCAGAGGAUAAGGACCUCACCGAAUGCACCAGGGAGCUGCCGCAGGAAGGGCCUGCAGAUGUGGAAAAAUCAUUACCAAAAAGAAGAGGAAUCCACUUGCCUGGGGAGAAAACCACUUGCGUGUCGGCCGCGGUCUCGGAUGAGUCCGUGGCUGGGGACAGCGGGGUCUACGAAGCUUUCGUGAAACAGCCCAGCGAAGUCGAAGAUGUUCUGUACAGCGAGGAGGACGGGGCCGUCGUGGAGACGGCCCAGGUGCAGAUCGGACUCAGAUACGAUGCAAAAAGGUCAAGUUUCAUGGUGAUUGUAGCCCAACUCCGAAAUCUUCAUGCCUUCCUGAUACCUCACACUUCAAAAGUAUACUUUAGAGUUGCUCUCCUUCCCUCCUCAACUGAUGUCAGCUGUCUGUUUCGAACGAAAGUCCAUCCGGCCGCGGAGUCCCUGUUAUUUGGUGAUGUGUUCAGAGUGGCGAUCUCCCAGACAGCCCUGCAGCAGAAGACACUGAGGGUGGACCUGUGCUCUGUCAGUAAACACCAAAGGGAAGAGUGCCUGGCGGGAACUCAGAUCAGCCUGGCAGAUUUACCCUUUUCCAAUGAGAUUUUCACUCUGUGGUAUAACUUGCUUCCUUCAAAGCAAAUGCCCUGCAAAAAGAACGAAGAUGAAACUGAGGAUUCAGUAUUUCAACCAAGCCAGCCACUAGUAGAUUCUAUAGACUUGGAUGCAGUGUCAGCCUUACUUGCAAGAACAUCAGCUGAGCUGUUGGCUGUGGAACAGGAAUUAGCACAAGAAGAAGAACCAGAGCAGGAAGAAGAGCAAAGGGGUCCAGGUGGAGACUGGUUAACCAUGCUGAGAGAGGCCUCUGAUGAAAUCGUGGCCGAGGAAGGGGCUGACGUGAAAGUGGCCGAGGGCGGCUGCUGUGCAGAAGAUGUAAGCUCACGCCCGAGUGUGCCGGAGAUGAAUGAGGACACAAGUAAGACAGAAGACAACUGUGCCGACGGCCCUGGGCGUCAGCCCCCUGCGGGAGUGCCCGCCCUGGUUGAUAAAGAGACAAACACCGACGAGGCGGGCGGUGCCAGUGUGGCGGUCCGCCCCAAAGACCGCAGCGGCCUGAGCGCCCGGCAGCGCCCCUUCGUGCGGAGCAGCGUGAUCGUGCGCUCGCAGACCUUCUCCCCCGGCGAGCGGAGCCAGUACGUCUGCAGGUUAAAUCGAAGUGACAGUGACAGUUCAACCCUGGCUAAAAAGUCACUAUUUGUGAGAAACUCCACCGAACGGCGAAGUUUGAGAGUCAAAAGGACGGUGUGCCAGCCGGUGCUCAGAAGGGCAGCACCCGAGUGCCCCAUGCGAACCUCUCUGGACCUGGAGCUGGACCUGCAGGCCUCGCUGACCCGGCAGAGCCGCCUGAACGACGAGCUGCAGGCCCUGCGGGGCCUGAGGCAGAAGCUCGAGGACCUGAAAGCCCAGGGCGAGACGGACCUUCCGCCGGGAGUGCUGGAGGACGAGAGGUUCCAGAAGCUCCUGCGACAGGCCGAGAAGCAGGCCGAGCAGUCCAAAGAGGAGCGGGAGCAGGGCCUGAGCGCGGAGAAGCUGAUGAGGCAGGUCUCCAAGGACGUGUGCCGGCUGCGGGAGCAGAGCCGGAAGGUGCCCCGGCAGGUGCAGUCCUUCAGGGAGAAGAUUGCCUACUUCACCAGAGCGAAGAUCACCAUCCCGUCCCUCCCGGCUGAUGACGUCUGAUUAGGUCGCUGGCGAGACCGUGGUUCCACCUCUUCAUUUCUUAGGGAGGGCAAAAGACUGACCGUUUUCUUGUCUGGGGUUUUGUUUUUUGUUUUGGGGGGGAUUUUUUUGUAAUAUAACUGUCAAUUCUUAAAAGAGCUUUUAUUUCACAUCAGAUUCUCAACAUGUUAAUUUGUAAAGUACCUUGAAUGUAAUUCUUACAUGUUUAAAAAGGAAAAAAAAAAAAAUCAGAUAACCAAAACAGGAUCGCCUGGCACACAGAUGCACAGUGUACGUGUAUUGCCAAUGGGCUUUAUUUGGUGAAAAUGGGAUAGAGGCGGACCCGGCGUGAAUCCUAUUGAAACGACUGUUGAGAAAUAACUCAGCUUAGCAGCAGGCGGUUUUCGCUUUUCCUUCGUUUUCCCGUGGGCACCUAUGAAGCUGGCAGUGGCGCCAGGUGGUACUUGGCGCUAGAGGGCAGCUCGUUCAGCGUGAGGUUGAACUUGAGCACGAGCUUCAGCGCAAGAGUCCCGGGUCCACCUGAAACAGGUGCUGCGUUCCUUUCCGUCACCUCUGUCGGAGCGCUUUGUUUCCUUAGAGCAACUGCCUCUUUUUGUCCUUCUCUACUUGUCUAAAGAAAACAAAAACAAAAUCCUGAGUGCAGGAAGGAAAGAAUGCAAAGGAGCAGUACUGCCCGCCACACUGCAGAUCCCGAGAUUGAGGACUUCAAGGGCAGGGAGGUGAAAAGAGAAAGCCAGUUCGCCUCAAGUACCCUAAAGUCAGCACGUCAGUGAGCAGCCGCUGCUUCUCACUCCACC